AUGGACAAAGUCCUCCAGAUGUUUGUAUACACCCUAUCAAUCAUUUUCUCAGCCGAAACCUUCGAUCGGUCACCAGCUCUUUCCAAUAUGUCUCGACUGCAUAUGGACGUAGAGCGCACAGUCCUGCGCAUUAGCGUCGUCCGAGAGAUCGAUGCUGAGACGAUCGAUAGGGGAAUCACCGAACCAGGCGAGAGAAGGUCGAGCUGUCUUGAGGUGGGUACUUCUUUCCGAAGUAUACUGACAAACUACUCGAAAGCUUGCUAUUCGCAUCUGUCUAACGCAUCAAUAGUAUGGGACGAUCGGAAGGCAGUGUGUUCAAACAAGGGGGUUCAGCCAACAACUUCUUGAAUUGCAUCGUGAACGGCG